UUUACAUAACACUGAACAUCGCUGAAUCCAAACUCUGAGACAGGACCACAUUUCCAACUGACGUCUGUAUGAGAGGAGGAGUUUGGUAAAGUCACUCAGGAUUAUUUUCAAAAUGACUCAAGCAGCUCACUCUCCAUCUCGAACAGACGUCUCCAGUUUUCCUUCUGUACUGUGUUGUCCAGAACGGAUUGGAUGGUUCCAGCAGGUCGGAUGCGCAAAGACUAAGAAUCAUGACGGACAAGAGAAAGGCGUUCGUGGAUAAUUCGUGGACGUCUGUCCAAGUGGAGCUGUUUCGAUGACGGUGGGGAGAAUUUGGAAGAGGAGACGGAUUUUUCAAAUGGACAAACGCGCCGUCUCUCCUUACUUUGCCUUCACAGCUGAGAACUCCCUGGGUCUUACGGUCGUUUGGACAAACUCAGCUUUGUUGGGACCAGCUUCCGAGCGAUUUGCGAGUUGCCUGAGGAUCACAGGACACAUUUGAAGCAGCCGAUGCGCAAUCAUCUUCCCAUGGACUGAUGAAACUUAGUCUCCCCCCGUCGUUCCAGGUAAGCUGAAGUCCGCCCGUCAUCAUUACUCAGAAUUCCGACAUGGAUUUCAGCAACAGCUCCCUGCGCUAUCUCCACGUGGAGUUCAACCCGCUGAGUGAAAUCAUGGACGAGAACGAGACGAACUCCACGCUCGGCGAGCGAAGCUUGCCGAGCUGCGUCCAGAUCCGCAUCCCGCAGGAGCUUUUCCUGGCGCUGGGCAUCAUCAGCCUGGUGGAGAACAUCCUGGUGAUCCUGGCGAUCAUCAGGAACCGCAACCUGCACUCGCCCAUGUACUACUUCAUCUGCUGCCUGGCCGUGUCCGACAUGCUGGUGAGCGUCAGCAACGUGGUGGAGACCAUCUUCAUGCUCCUGAACGACCACGGCCUCCUGGACGUGCACCCGGGCAUGCUGCGCCACCUGGACAACGUCAUUGACGUGAUGAUCUGCAGCUCCGUGGUGUCCUCGCUCUCCUUCCUGUGCACCAUCGCCGCGGACCGCUACAUCACCAUCUUCUACGCGCUGCGCUACCACAGCAUCAUGACCACGCAGCGCGCCGUCGCCAUCAUCGCGGUGGUGUGGCUGGCCAGCGUCAUCUCCAGCAUCCUUUUCAUCGUGUACCACACCGACAACGCCGUCAUCGUGUGCCUGGUCACCUUCUUCUGCAUCACCCUGGUGUUCAACGCGGCGCUCUACCUGCACAUGUUCGUGUUGGCUCACGUGCACUCGCGGCGCAUCACAGCGUUUCACAAAGGCAGGCGCCAGUCCACCAGCAUGAAGGGCGCGAUCACCCUCACCAUCCUGCUCGGCGUCUUCAUUCUGUGCUGGGGGCCUUUCUUCCUCCACCUCAUCCUCAUCCUCGCCUGCCCCACCAGUCCCUUCUGCAACUGCUUCUUCCGGAACUUCAACCUUUUUCUAAUCCUGAUCAUCUGCAACUCCCUCAUCGACCCGCUCAUCUACGCCUACAGGAGCCAGGAGCUGCGUAAAACCCUGCAGGAGCUGGUCCUGUGCUCAUGGUGCUUCGGCAUGUAAGCGGCCGUUUAAGUCACGUAAGCAAAUUGAGGCAAAUUAGGUCAACGUGCGAGCUUUUAUCCGAAGAACUGUUUCUCUGUGAAGGUUUUAUUGGGCGGAUUGGUCUCAGAGCUGCACGCAGCACUUACAAGAUGAAGGAGGAAUCUUAUGAAGACGUUUACUAAUGCCAGCACGGAGUUGGGAUUAGUUUCAUUUGGGAGAUUUUGCCCGUUUCAUUGUUGCUCGAGAACGCUCGAUGCUGAAUACUUUAAGACUUCAGGGCCUUUUCUUUGACAAGAGGAUGUCAGACAACUCAAGAGAUCUUGUCAGGUUGCUUAAAAAAACGUCUCUGAACAUGGACUUAAAAAAAAAAAAAAACUAACGAAAAUAGUCAUUCAACUUUACAUUAUUAAAUAUCAAAAUCCAGUAAAAUAUUUGACAGCUAAAAGGUCACAGCUGCCUAGAAUUUAGGCGGCGAGUAACAAAAUAUUAUCUGUGAUCAUUUGUGUCGUUAUUUCGUUUGACAAUCAGAUAUUUAAAGUGCCUUUCUUUAUGCUGCAAGAAAAUAUAAUAUUAGAUUUCAAAAUUUUAUGAAAGAAAGAAAGAUCCACCAGCUGAUCAGUCAGUUAUUCGGGAUCUUAAUCUGCAAUAUUAUGUAAGAGGCCAGAACGAGGAUCAGAUCCGCAGAUGCGUGAAAUAUCUUUAUGAUUAUUCAAUUCCAUAAUUUACAAACCAACUAAACAUAAAACAGACAUGCACAUGCAAGAGUGUAUGGUAUCAAAGGAGGUAAAAAUGGAGGGAGGAAAAAAUAAAACGACGAAGGACGAAUACUAGAAGAGUACAUGGUAUUUUACUAUAAUUAAUAACCAACUCAGUAAUAAUAAUAAUAAUAAUAAUAAUAAUAAUAAUAAUCAACAAUAUUAUCUCUAUUAUAAUAACUAAUAACAUCUUUCAGCUUUUCUAUUGUUUCAGCAAACAAUAGAAAUUGACCUUGGCUGUAAUUAAUUUACAUUUGUGUUGUUCAAAAUGUUCAAUAAUGUACAAUAUCCCCAAAUACAUAAAUCUUAAAAAAAAAGAAGAAAUAUUAAGGGAUGUUUCAUGAUUUACAUAACAAAAAAACUAUUUUGUUUUUUUCUCUCGAAAAAGACAAAGUUUAUUCACUGUGAUGAUUCAAUAAAUCGUGGUUCCAAUAAAGGUAGUGGAUUAAAUUGCCUCCCAAAAUGCGCCUUGUUGAAACGAUCCUUCAGCUCCAGAAAUCUUGUUUUCUUAAACAAUGCUUGCAGUCAACAACUCUCUCCAAAAAUAAAAGUGCGAAUGAGACCCAGAGAG